AGUUAAAUUAGUUUGGGGAAAAUAUGAACAAAAACGUGUUUGUUUAAUAGGUGGAAAGCCACUCUGGCCACCUUUAACACCAUAAAGCGAUUCAAUGAUACGCAUGCGCAGUGCGGCUCGGGCGGCGUCGUAAAAAAAAAAGUGUGAUGUGCAUAGCACGCAUGCGCAGUGCAUACCGACGAGGCUUGGUUAGAAACAAACGCGUUCAGGGGAACAGCAGAGACUUGCGUCUCUCUCUCUCUCUCUCUCUCUCUCUCUCUCUCUCUCUAUCUCUCUGGAAGGAAAGAAGGAUAAAAGGGUGGAUGGAUAGGAUGACUGGAGGAUGUGAGACAAACGGAUAAAAUGAGAGGAGGAUGUGCGAGAGGCGAGCGGACGCCAAGCCAGAGCAGCUGAUGGAUGCCGCGGCACACGCCAUGGAGAAGGAGGAUGCUGAUGGAGAGGGAGAUGAUCUCUCGCUGGAGGAGAUCCUAACGCUGUACGACCAGCCGAUCAAUGAGGAGCAGGCAUGGGCGGUGUGCUAUCAGUGCUGUCGGGAUUUAUCCAGUUCCAAACAACCCAGGGUUGUCAAAGGUCCAGGAGACGUCAGAAUCCAUAAAGACGGCACGGUCAGGUUGCAAAGAUCUCCAGGGAAAGAGCAUUCGGCAUCCGCUGUUGUUACGAAUGGAAUUGAGUCUCUGGGCAUAAUGAUCUACAAAGCUCUGGACUAUGGCCUGAAAGAGCAUGAAGAGAGAGAACUUAGCCCUCCUCUUGAGCAGCUAAUUGACCUCAUGACCAACACGACGGAGCUGAACCUUGACCCCUGUCCCGACGAAGGUUAUGAAGCCACAGAGGAUGAGGAGGACGAAGAGCUCAGCCAGGGCAGUGGGAUUCGCCGUUACCGGGAUGUUCUUAAGCUGUGCACAAUGCACCUUCCAAGCCCAGCUGAUGCCCCCGAUCACUACCGAGCCGUAUGUCGUGCACUCUAUGCUGAAACAAUGGAACUGCGGACAUUUCUAGAAAAAAUCAGGAGUGCAAAAGAGAAUCUGAGGAAGAUGGAGGGCAAAAAGACUGCUGAUACAGCCAGAGAGCUGAACGAGCUUGAGAACGCAGACUGGGCACGGUUCUGGGUGCAGGUGAUGAAGGAUCUGAGGACCGGCGUAAAGCUGAAGAAGGUGCAGGAACGGCAGUAUAACCCUCUGCCCACCGAAUUUCAGCUCACACCCUACGAGAUGCUCAUGGACGACAUCCGCGCCAAACGCUACAAACUGCGCAAAGUCAUGGUAAACGGAGACAUUCCUCCGCGGUUAAAGAAGAGCGCACACGAGGUCAUCCUGGAGUUUAUCCGAUCCAGACCUCCUCUCAAUCCUGUCGCAGCACGUAAGCUGAAGCCGCAGGUGGAACAUCCUCCGAGCCUUCAUGAAAGGAUCCUGGAGGAGAUCAAAUCGGAGAGGAAGCUCCGCCCAGUGUCGCCUGAUCAGAUUCGCAGGAGCAGAUUUGUAAUUCGGCCGCUUAGCAUGUCUCAGAGUUUUGACUCCUCAGAUGUCUCCACUCUGGAUGCAGCCAGGAAGGCUUCCAGCUCGCUCUCGUUAGCUGAUGGCUCAUCUCUCCAAUCAAACAGCACCAGUGGCUUCCAGAGGAAGAGACUCCAUGCUCCGACUCUUGCAGAAAUGGGAAGCUCAGAUUCUGAGGACGAGACCAUGGGUCAAAGGUCAGCCAGCAGCUCUAGCAUCUCCACACCAAUAGUUGAGGACACUUCACCAGAGUCUGUAGUGGGAAAGAAGACCCCGCCCAUGUUCCUGCCCAUUUCCUCCACACCACAACCCGAGAGGAAGCAGCCGGCACAAAGAAGACACUCCAUAGAGAAAGAGACACCCACCAAUGUUCGCCAGUUCCUCCCUCCAUCCAGACAGAGCUCCAGAUCUUUAGAGGAGUUCUGCUUCCCAGUGGAGUGUUUGUCUCUCACGGUGGAGGAGGUAAUGCAUAUCCGGCAGGUCCUGGUCAAAGCUGAGCUGGAGAAGUUCCAGCAGUACAAAGACAUUUACAACGCUCUAAAGAAAGGAAAGCUUUGCUUCUGCUGUCGAGCAAAACGGUUCUCCUUUUUCACCUGGUCUUACACCUGCCAGUUCUGCAAAAGACCUGUGUGUUCACAAUGCUGCAAGAAGAUUCGGUUGCCCUCUAAGCCAUACAGCAGCUUACCCAUAUACUCUCUGGGACCAUCCACUUCAACGCUGACUCGGGACAAAUCAGAGAAGACGAGCACAAACCAGCGCCGGCCUAGCUUUCAGCGCACCAUGAGCAGACUGUCCAAGUCGUCACGUCAGUCCUCAGCGUCAUCCUCCCGCGAGGACGUCGAGCUCCCCAAGGAGCUCACUGAAGACUGGAGCACCAUGGAGGUGUGUGUGGACUGCAAAAGGUUCAUCUCUGACAUCAUCUCAUCCAGCAAGCACAGUCUUUCCCUGGCCACCAAACGCACCCGAAUGAAGCGCAAGACACACUCGUUCAUCGCGUCCUCAUCUACAGGAACUGAGUACCAGCCGUCUGAGAGAACCAUUCAUGAGGUCUAAAUGAUGUGAUUAAAGAAUGAUCGCUUGGACUAGACCUUCCUAAAGUGGAGUCCUCAUGUCUCUCUGUUUGUCCUGGAGUUUCCUACCUAUGACUGAGCUGUUGACUGUGGAAGAUGGUGGCUAAAAAAUCCUUUAGGAUUUCUUAAAGAGAUUUAUUCAGGUGGACGUACAAGUAGACAUGUGCCGAUAAUCAGUUUUCGAAAAUACACAAUAUUGGACACUUCUUUAGAAUUCCUACAAUCCACUGAGAAUGUAAAGUCUUUCACAUUCAAAACAAAUGAUAAGGACAGCUGUUUUACAGAAAUCUUUUAAUAUUAUUAUUAUAAAUAUAUUUAAAGGACAGAAGAAAGGCAGCAUCAUGAAAAUGUUCACUGGAUGGUUCAAAAAUGGUUGACAGAACUGCUGCUUUGACUCAGGAAUACAUUUACACAAAUGCUAAUCAAUAUGUAUACCUUUAAAUAUACAUAAGUAGUUAAUAAAUCUAUACAUUUUUUAUGUAAUUACCAAAAAAAUGUCAAUAAAUCUUAAAAAUUCUGAGUUGAGGAAUCUGGCUAGCUAGCUAGCAACCUGCAAGUCUUUUCUUGUCAAGUGUAGAAACAUUGGGACGACACAAACCGUUCUGAGUUGUCCAGAAAAGCAACAUUUACCUCAGGUAUGUUGUUUCAUUACUAGAUAAAUGUUCCAUGAUGGCAAAAUUAAACAUUAAAUACAUUUAGCAUCAACUAGUAACUGGGAUUUCAGUGGCAAAAUUGAUGGAUAAAGCUAAUAGAAAAUAUGAGAGAUUGAAUAGCAAGUUGUUUGUGUACUUUUUUCAAAUCAAGAAAUAGUAUUAGUGAAUAAAACAUACCACUGGACUUUAUUUUGAACUGGAUUCCAUUUUUCUUGGUCAUGCUAUAAAACUGGUUAUGGGCACAUGUCUUGGCAUAUCCUAUGAUGUCCGUAAUGUACAACAGACUGACCUGAAACUUGGUUUUGUCUUGUAAAUAUGUGUAUUUGCUGCAGUUGUACAGACCGUCUAUUGAGUUGUAUUUAUUUUUCUAUGAGUGACAUGCUGUUGUUUAGCCCCUGAUGUUGUAAUGACGCCUCGUUGCAGUCCCAAUCCAGAUCUCCUUUCUUAGUACCUGGUGAUGAGAUUUGACCAGUAUCUGUGCAGUUCUCAGCAGUUUAAUGUGAAGUGUCACUGGUAGCUCUGUCGGUUCUCUUCAUUAUGUUCACUAUCUACUAAAUAUUGAGCCUUUUCUUUCUGGUGCAUGAUGGGUAACAUCUACAUCCCUUCACGUUCAAGUUUUUCAUGUAGUCCAUCAGUUAUUUUGUUCAUUCAUUCUGAAAUACGUGAUGCAGUUUUUCUUUCAUAUAAAGAAUUUAUGCUGGUUUCCUUUUUUUAUCUUUCUUUUUCCUACAUAGCCUGCAAACCAUACGCUGUAAACUUCCCCAAAAGCCAUUGACUUUCUCAUUUCCAUAAAUGUAUUGUUCUCAAGUUUAUUUACCUACACAUACACAAAUGGACAAUAAAUUGUUUUUAUCAACACUUCAAACUAUAUUGCAGUUUACAGGAUGUUAGGUAUUUGAUAUGUACAAAAUCAUAUUAUUUUUAAUUGUAUAAUCUUAUAUUAUUGGAAUAGUAUGUAGUCUGUAACAUUUGUCCAAAGAAACUCCUGAUUUUGGUUAACUAGGUCACAAACUAAGAGUACUAAUAAUCUAUAAAACUCUACUGAAGAGAAAAUUAUUGUAAGAAAAGCACACUUUUUUCAAUCAGUGAUAAUGAGAAAGUCAAUGUUGCCUGGUUGUUCAUUUGAGAAAUCAUUUCUUCGCAAAUUCUACUCACACAAUUGAUUUUCUCCCUAAAGAAAUGUUUGCAUUUAAUUUACAUAAGCUGCAUUUUUUGCCUUAAAUUUAUCACCUUUCUCUGUUCCAUUAAACUACUGAUGAUUCACAGAUUCCCUUAAAACAAAAUGCACAGUUACAUGAGUACUACACCAACUUAAGUUAAGCACAACUAAACACACCCAAGUCCUUAGCCAUGAUGCCCUUAUCCAUGAUGCUCUGUUUCAAAAAGGCCGCUAAGGACUGGUAAUGGCUCACCAGGUGGUUGGGAAUUUCAUAUCCCAGAACUGACCAGCACACAAACGGACCUGUGCCAGAGACCCUACAUUUCAACCAGAUGGAAUUUGAGCAUGAAUUUCAGGGUCUGGUGUUAGAUGUGUCGAUGCACAUGACUAUGAAAGACUACGGACCUUCCUAAUGCGUGAAAUGCGUGGUUUAAAAAAAAAAAUACAUAAAAAAAUGUAUUU